AUGCUGAUCUACUUUGAUAAGGUACGCGAACUCGAUUGGAUCGUCGACGAGACACUCGAGGUCUGCCGCGAUCUUAAACAUGGCCUCGAGGAUUGCUAUGCGCUCCUCGCGCCUAUCGAUCCGGGCAGUACACUUGUCAUGAGUACGCCGCGUAACGAAAAAGUGAAGGGCACACUCACUCGUGUCGGUACUCGUAUUGUUAAAGGCCUUCGAACGAUACCUCCACAGACCCUGUCCCUCUCGCAGUCCAAAGCCACCCAUAUCCAAGGCCUCGAUGCUUUGCACGGCUACCUAAACCAGUCCAUAGAUCUCCUCGCUAUUACUUUGUCUAAACCACAGGACGCUAGCUCACUCGCUUCUACUCUCAGCAUCCUUGCUGAUUCUCUCUCCGAUUCAUCAGCUAUUCUUAAAGGACCUUCUCUAACAGACUCUGAUCCUGCUUGGCAGAUGUGCUCGUGUUCACCAGAUCAGUUUGUGCCAUCAAUUGGGCCCAACCUCAGCUUUUAUCUAGGUCUUCAAGAAAGCUGCAUAAUUCUGUGGCUGCGUGCUCUAGAACCUGUUCAUGCGCAUGUUCAUUUUGGCACCAAGCUCGGUCUAGCCUUUGGAACUGUACGUCGGCUGGAGCAUGACGAGAUGGACACCGUUUUCCGGUAUAACACACAGGGGUCCAACAUUGGCGGCUCGAAGCGGGGCAGUGCCCGCCAUACCCCGGAGCCAGGAUCGUCCGCUGCAGAAGUGGAUAGUAACGAUAUUCAGGAAGUCUAUGUCCGGGAAAAGGUACGCGUCGAGAGCGCAGAUCCGAGUCUCAUAUCUAUUCAGUCCAAGCUUAGCUACCUCAGUCACAUGCUUGGCCAAGCCCGAAGGAACAUUGCUGAGGUCCUAAGUGUUGACUCUUAG